UUGCUUCUGAAAAGGAGUUAUAGAUCUCAGUGGGCCUUAACUGAUAAAUGUAAAACAAGUUAAAAUAGUAAUAGUUUAAAACCACACGAGGCUGCGCUCAGCGCAGCGCCCCGUGCGUGAACUGCCCAGCGCUCUGCGCCUCGUCGCGAGCGUCACUCUCAGAGACUCGCGCUGCUGUUGCUGCUGUUGGUGUUGCUGCUGUUGCUGCUGUUACUAUGAAGAGGCGCCCGCCAAGCCACGCGACGCUCUCCACGCACACUCACUCCCGCCGAGUGGCUUGGCUCUGCCUCUGGCCGAUCUCAGGUGUGUCGAGGAGGCUGAGUGCGUGGGGAGGUGGAGGGCGUGAAUGUGGCAACUCAACGGGGGGGCGCGAUUGGUCGGAGAGCUGCCCCCGUCCGCCACCCCCACGACCACCUCGCGCAGGCGAGACAGAGCCACAGGUGUGUAUAGUAACCUAUGCUUCCUGAAUCUCGGAGACUCAACUGGCGGAGAACCCAACCUUCUCUCGACUCCAGACAAUGCGCUUACAUCCCAAGGCGGCCAGACGGCAAGGCGCCGACUCGGCGCUGUGUGGCUGGAAGACUCAAGACACCGAUGCCGCAGGGAUUGAACAGUGGAGUUGGCACUGUCGCAGUGAAAGAAGAUCGCUGGGUAAGAAAGGUUUGCCGUUCGCGUGCGGAACGUACCUGCACGUGCAAGAGGUGCGAUGCAGCCUCCUGACUAAGACCAGCGCUGGCCAGCGCAGUGGCCUGGCCAAGCAACCAGAAGCUUCCGGAUCGAGCGAAUGCUCUGAUGUGCUGUUUGGCAACAGUAACGACUCGCCUGGCACGACUGAGCACGCCACCCCUGACUCGGUCCCCGAGGAGGACCAGUGCCGCCUUCCCACAUCCAAGAACAAAGGAGCCAACGUUGAGGAUCUCGUCAACGUCAGAUCAUCAAAGGGACUUUCACCUGUGGCCCACCAGAUGUUGUCCCCUGACCUCCGGAGGACAAAGAGGCUCCUCGACCUAUCGCACCGAACCACUCCCACAGAGCAGGGCCCUAAACACGAGGACUUGACCCAGCCAUCCAGCAACCCCCCGCUCAGCCUGGAGGCCCUGGGGCUGACAUCGCUUCUCAAAGAUGACAGCUUCCGUGGAGGCCACCGCGAUGUGGCGGCGCUCAGGGUGACCGCGGGAGAGCUGAUGAGGGCCAGCCACGUCGUGAAGGCCAGAAGCCAGGCCUGCAGCAGCGUGGCGAUGGCAAUCAACCUGGCCACGCUCACCGUUUGGGACGGGAGCUCCGGCGGGUCGCGGCCAGCCGAGGAGCGGCCCGGCUGCGGCAGCCCUCGCCUCCUGCCGGCGCCCGUGCCCGCGUCCCACCAUCAGCCGCUUCACGGCAGAAACUCCACUCGGCAGCAGCAAUGCCGCAGCCUCCCAGACAUCUCCUCCGUGGCCUCUCCUCCGCACGAGCGUGGCCCGCACCCGCGUCUACGCGACGGCGAGGCGGCCGCGCCCGGGGCCCCCGCCGGCCGUCGCGGGACACUCAAGUACGCGUCGAGAGGCGACGCCGACCGAGCUGGCGGCCCCUCGGAGGAGAAGGCCGCGGAGGCGCUUAGGCGCGCGCAGCCCUCCGCCACGUGGAGGGAAACGCCUGCGGCGUGUCGGGGCAGGGAGGAGCACGGCGGUGGCAACGGUGGGAACCAGCAGGUGGUGAGUGCUCCUGGCGAGGCUCCGUUCGCAGAGGGCCACACGCAGGCCCAGGCAGCUGAGGUGACGGGCCAGUUCCGGCCAGAGAGGGGCUCGAUGGUGUCGCCGGAUGUUGUGUUGUACUGUGUUCGUGACCUGUAAGCAGCCUUUGUCCAAUUCCUGUGAGCUUUAGCGUCACACUCCAAAAUAUAUAUUUAAGCAAAAUUGGGUUGUAGAUGGAACACCAUUCGCAACGUGCACACUUGCGUAGGCCUAGCUUCAAAGACAAAUACGUUCACAAUUUUUCCUCCCGCAACAAUUUUCAUGAUCAGCCAUGAUCUAUCCACUGUUGAAUGAAAGCUUUAGCAUAACACCCACUCACUCAUCUGCUCUGUCACACACUUACUCACC